AUGUUGCGACGCGCGUUCCACUCGAUCGCGGCGACGUGCGCCGCGGCGCCUCGCCGCGGCGCGACCCCGCCCGCGAGCGUGGCGCCGUGGACGCGCGCGCUGACGACGACGACGACGUCGCGACCGUCCUCGGAUUCCACCACCGGAUCUUUCUCCGGCGCGUUCGUCGCGGCGCGACCGGGGACGAUCUUCGCGCCGCCCUCGCGCGGAGCGCUUCCCGAGGACGACGCGCGCGCUCCGGCGUCGCCGUUCGCGCUCAUGGCGGUCCCGAAGCGGAAGGUGUCGCCGUCGAGGAAGGGGAAGCGGAACCAGUUUCGACGGAUCAAGUUCGUCGGUCAGGCGGUGCGGUGUCGCGACUGCGGCAAGGUGAAGAUGCCGCACGUGUACUGCGACAGGUGCAGCGCGAACGUGUACGAGGAGGAGGACCUCGACGGCGGCGGCGUGCCGCGCGCGGGCGUGACGCAGCCGUAG